AUGGCUGUUUGGGAACAUUUAUCAGUCUCAAAAGCUCAUGUCGCAUACGCAUGUGUAGGGGUCUUCUCAUCAAUCUUCUCUCUAGUCUCACUUUUCGUCAAGGAGAAACUAUACAUCGGUGAAUCCACCGUCGCCGGUAUAUUCGGUCUUAUCGUGGGACCCGUUUGUUUAAAUUGGUUUAAUCCAUUAAAAUGGGGGAAUUCCGAUUCAAUCACUUUGGAAAUCACAAGAAUCGUAUUAUGUUUGCAAAUCUUCGCUGUCGCUGUAGAGUUACCAAGAAAAUAUAUGUUGAAACAUUGGUUAUCCGUCGUAAUGUUAUUGUUUCCCGUGAUGACUACAGGUUGGUUGAUCAUUGGCCUCUUCGUUUGGAUAGUUAUACCAGGUUUAAAUUUCUCGGAAAGUUUGUUGAUUAGUGCAUGUAUCACUGCAACGGAUCCUAUCUUGGCACAAUCUGUCGUCUCGGGUAAAUUUGCACAAAAAGUUCCAGGUCAUUUAAGAAAUCUUUUAUCUGCAGAAUCUGGUUGUAAUGAUGGGAUGGCUUUCCCAUUUAUUUUUUUAUCAUUAAAUUUAAUCAUUCAUCCAGGGAAUGGAAGAGAAAUUGUUAAAGAUUGGAUUUGUGUCACUUUACUUUAUGAAUGUAUAUUCGGAUGUAUAUUAGGCGUAUUCAUUGGAUACAUUGGACGUAGAGCCAUUAGAUUUGCUGAAGAGAAAAAUAUUAUUGAUCGUGAAUCCUUCUUAGCAUUCUAUGUGGUCUUAGCAUUUUGUUGUGCUGGGUUCGGUUCCAUAUUGGGUGUAGAUGAUUUGUUAGUUUCAUUCGCCGCAGGUGCUGCAUUUGCUUGGGAUGGUUGGUUCUCUCAAAGAACUGAAGAAAGUAAAGUCUCCACUGUCAUUGAUCUAUUAUUGAAUUAUGCUUAUUUCAUUUAUUUCGGUGCAAUAAUUCCAUGGAGUCAAUUUAAUAAUGGUUCCAUUGGAUUAAACGUUUGGAGAUUAAUCAUUCUAUCAAUUGUAGUGAUCUUCUUGCGUAGAAUCCCCGCAGUGAUGUUAUUAAAACCUAUUAUUCCAGAUAUUAAAUCAUGGCGUGAGGCUCUCUUCGUAGGACAUUUCGGUCCCAUUGGUGUAGGCGCCGUCUUUGCUGCUAUCUUAGCAAGAGCUGAACUAGAAGAUACCAUAUCUGAAGAACCAACUCCAUUAGCUCGUAUUCCACCCGAGGGAACAAAACAUUAUCAACUAAUUGCAUGCAUUUGGCCAACAACUUGUUUCUUCAUUGUCACUUCAAUUAUCGUCCAUGGAUCAUCUGUUGCAGUAGUCACAUUGGGUCGUCAUUUGAAUACUAUAACAUUGACCAAGACAUUUACCACACAUACAACAAAUGGUGGUACUGGGAAAUCUACAUGGAUGACAAGAUUACCAUCAUUGGAUAAAUCUGGGAGAUCAUUUUCUUUACAACGUGUGGACACUCAUGUAUCAGCUGCACCAUCUACAAAUGAAAAUAUAGGAACAACAGAAACUGUAGUGGAAACAAGCGGUAUUCCAACAAGAGCUGUAGGUGGUAUGACCAGAAAAGAUGUUAAGAAACGUAAAAGACAAGGAAGGAAAAGGAAAAGAGAUAAAAUUUUCCAUCGUAGAACUUUAUCCAAUAAAUAUAACAACACCUAUGAUGAUGAAUUAAAUGAUUUAGGUAGAGAACGAUUACAACGUGAAAGAGAAGCUCAAGCAGCUACAUUCGCUUUAAGUUCUGCAAAUAUCAAUAAUUAUGAUAAUUAUGAUAAUAUUUCUUCGAUCCACUCUGAAUCUGAAAGUGAAAGAGAACGAGUAAGAGCAGAAAAAGAAAAAGGAACAUUAAUUAAUCAAGAUUUACAAUCUUUCAAUUCAUUUAAUAAUAAUAACAUUCGUAUUGAGGUUCCAGAUGUAGUCUCCAUGGGAUCAAACAUCCCAUCAAAUUAUUCAACAACAGAAAUGCAUUCAAUUUCCACCGGAAAGGAAGAUACAGGACAAACAAAUAAAGAAGAUGAGUCCAUGUAUACUGGAUCUUCCAUUUCAGGUUCACAUUCUUCAGUAGCUACCUCUGAAAGGGAGCGUAGGCAACAAAUUAAAAAAGAUGAAGACCAAGCUCAUAUAGCCUAUCAAUCAGGUGAUCAAAUUAUUAUUGAAAAUAAACAUGGUGAAAUUCUUAAUGAAGCGGAUUUAAAGAAACGAAAAUUAAAUGAUGAAGAAGCAAAUAAUUUGUCGCCAAGAACAUCAAGAUCAUCAUCGUUAGGAAGUGGGAAACUAUCAAAAAUAUUAACGGGACCAUUCACCAAAGAUUUUAAUCUUUCACCUACUCAAAGCUAUGAAUCUGAUACAAGUUUAAGAACACUAAAGAAAAUCUUGACUCCACCUGAAGGUAUAAGAAAAUCAUUCCCAAUACCGCAACGUGGUAGUGUUGGUUCUACAUCUAAAUAUCAUGCCUAUAAAAUGGAUAAUUUAUUAAUUAUCGAAAAUAAUGAAGGUGAUGUAUUACGUCGUUAUAAAAUUACACCUCGUGAAAGAAGUAAUAGUAACAGCAGCAGUAAUGCCACGACUAAUUCAAAGGAUAUAAAACCUACUGGAGUAGUUAAUAAGGCAUUGACAGCCGUUGGUUUGAGAAGUCGUAAUUCAUCUUUAUCUGGAUCUAAAAAAUCAAAUACUAAUCCGCAACCAACAACAUUACAAAGAGGAAGAAAUGACCCACAAACACGAAUGAAUAAUGUUGACAAUGUUGCUGCUGGAGCCAAAACUGGUAAACCAAGGCCGUUGACACCAAUACCUACACAGGAAUAUUCAUCUGAAGAGGAAGAUGAUGAUGAUGAUGAUGAACAAGAUCCUCAUAGCAAUGACGACGGUGGUAACGAAACUGAAGAUGAUUAUGACUAUGAUACAGAGGACGAAUCAAACAGUUUCGAAAGUGAUGAAGAUAUUGACAGUGAAAGGGAAGGAAAUGAAACAGCAAGAGGCGUAGGACCAUUAGAUACAAAUCACCAGGCAAAUAUUAUUGAUCAAGAACCGCAAUCGCCCGCCGUUGAAAGUCGUGAAUCACCAAUAUCUCCAACUUCUUCUACCUCAGCAACGCAAAAAAUGAAAUCUACCUUAAGGCAUUUUAAAAGAAAAUAG